AUGCCAACCUCUCAACGUGAAGAGGAGGGUUCAGCUGAACCAGCAAAGCACAAUCAGGCAGAUCAAUUCAGCCUCGCAGACUUCAGGGAAACCCUAAAUGCCUUAGAUGAAUCGCUGGGGGACUACUGGCUAAAAUCCUGCUCCGAGUGCCAGGCCUUUAUGAGGAUGGGCAACCAACAAGCAACAAAACUGAAUCCAAAUUACUACACAGAGAGCUGGGAUGACUUACAAACAGCACCUGGAGUCCAAAUUCCCCGCAAAAGAAGGCGGAGAGAAGAAGAGGCAUCGACGUGUAACUUCAGGGCAACGCCAGGCCAAGCAAGAUGGAGAAAGUGCCAAAUAGUUGAUGAGGAAGCAACAGAAAGAAGACGAAGAGCAACAGAAGGAGAAAUGAAGCACAUAAGGACUUUUUCCUCUGAGCUGCCGAAGCCAGUUUGGAGAGUGAAGCUGCCAGCUGCUUCUCCUGGACGUUCCCAGAGGUGGGAGGUUUUCUCCGCAAACCAGGCCGACUCUGACACCGAGCUUUCCGAAUAUGAUAACGAGAUGUUAAGUCCUAGCAGUAAAACUGCAGACCAGAAACACGAGAAAGAGGAAACUGAAGUUGUAGCCGCGGCAGAGGGAGUGAUGGGAAAGAUCAGGGAGGUGGAGGGGAUUCUGCGCCGCGUCAGUCUGACCAGCUCAGACUGGAUCAGAAAAACAAGCGAGGAGGAAGAUGGCAGCAAUUUCGCAUCUUCAGACGCUUUGCAACAGGUUGCAAGCUGGCUGGAAGAUCAGAACAGAGUAUCUAAAAUUUUAGGAAAACCAGAAAAUCCGACUGAGAUGAAUCCAACGUCACAUUCUCAUCACUUCACCUUUCCUUUCCAGUCGCACAGUCUACCAGGUAGAGAAGACACCUCGCCAAUCCCCUCUGCAUCCAGCAGCUCAGGAAGUUUAUCCCCCAUCCUGUCUUCUCCUCUCACAUUAAGCCUGACCGAUGUGACAAAAUGGCAAGACUCUGAGAAGAACAAAGCUUGGAUCAAUUCAGAAAAAGGUUCGCUGGAUGCUUUGGGUAGUGGCUGCAAAAGGGUCGCCACAAACCCAAGAGGAGCGAAAAAGGAUGAGAAGUUAAUGUGGUCAACUCUGCAGCUGAAGGAAGAUUAUCUGUUAUCUUCUGACGAAGCCCUGCAGAGGCAGGAGGAGAUCUGGCAGCAGGAAGUGGAGGAGUCUCUGUCCCGCUGCAGAUCUCUCUUUCAUCCAUCACGACCAAAACACGUCGACUUCCUGCACAUCACUGCUCCUGAUGAUGAAUUUUCCCACCUGACGAGGAAAAACUGA